UGAGAUCUCCCACAAUAAGGGAUUGUAGUGGAAACAGUCAGGUUUAAUUACAGCAACUGUCCUGAAAGCGGUAUAGUAAUUGCUUCUUGAUUGUUCUAAUUGACUUGCCUUCAUAAAGCUGUAUAGCAGAAAAGAGAGGUAAACUGCUUUUGUGACAAUGGCAUACUUGUCUUUCAAAUGCUGAACUUAUCAGACCUUAAAAGUGGUCUCACAGGACUGGAAGUUUUCUCACUGAAAUAGUAUCUGAGGUCUGGGUUUGAAGUUGUCCAGGAAAAGGGCUUUCACCUAGUAUUUCAUUCCUUCCUCCAAGCCUGAUUCUGAGUGGUGCAAAAACAGGUGAAAUCAGUGGCUCUGAGUACUCAAUAUGUUUGGGAAUCAGGUCUCAGUCUACUUAUUUUAUAGGAUCUGCAGGAAAGGAAAUUAUUACGUGUCACUAAGGAGCACUAUGAACUACUGACUUUCAUCUGGCGCAUGGUGGUGAAGCUCCAUUGAAGUCAGUGGAGUUCUGCCAGUUUACAUAAGCAGAGAACUUGGUCCCAUCACUUUUUUCCCCAUAAGAGUCAUUCAGUAAUGCUGGAGUGUUUUGACAUAUUUUACAAAAUUUAAUAGACAUUAAUAACAUAUGAUAGACAACUUCAAACUGACACGUAAAAAGAAAAAUGCACAAACUGAAAACAUCUGCAUCAAGUUACUAUGUAACUGUUGUAAUUUAUGUCAUUAAUUUCUUAUGAAAACCAGACAUGUAAGAUAACUUCCUCAAAUUCUUAUGUGUUCAUAACUUUUUCACCCUGUAGAUAAAACAAAGCAAGGACCGGCAGAUAGCAAUGUUCUUGUUCUCAUUGGAGCUCAUCUAUCUUUAGAAACACACAGUAUCACUCUGAAUAUCUGCAUGUUCUCAUUGCUGAAAUCAUUUAAGUUUGUCCUGUUUGUGUGACAGGGCUAGCUAGUAUCAACUGCCACUGGAUUGAGAGAGAAAUUAGGAGACUGAAAAGAUUCGAAGUUGUCAUUAGAAGACUGGGUAUUUAAUUUUGUUUUCAGUGUAAUUUGAAGAGGUAUCACGACGCUUCAACGUUCCUUUGAAAAGCAUAUUGGCACAUCAGCCAAGGACACUCCUGUGUUUGGGAAUGACCUUGGGUCACAGGAUAGGACAACAGAUCAUGUUUGCACAGAGUCUCCUUCAGGUCUAGGUCGUGCAUUAUUUAUUCUUCCUGCCCGCCUAAUCAGAGACCUGCUACUGUCUGGUUUUAUAUUUUAGGAGUUGGGAGAAUCCUCCUCAAUGAAAGAGGAUUUCUCUUGAAGUUUUAAGACUUUAUACAAUCUGAAUUCCUUAGAAUUGCAAUAAAAUUACUGUUUGUAAUACACACUCAGAAUAAUAAUUAGGAAUUUGGUGCUUCUGCACAAUUUGUAUCAACUCUGUUUAAUUUCCUCAGCUAAAUUCUCUUCGUUAGAAGUGCUGUUUCAUAACACAUCUCACUGGGUGCUGCCUCAUUGGGUGCUCAUUGGGUGCAGCCAACAGUGCUGUCUCAUUGGGUACUACCUCACUGGGUGCACCCAACAGUGCUGUCUCAUUGGGUGCUGCCUAAGACAACAUAAUGUACCUAGUAAGAAAAGGAGUCACCCUAAAAAUACAGUCCCAAUCGCAUCCAGGAAUGGGAGACAGCAAGAAUAAGACUGUAGGUGACCUGGACGAUUGUUGCAUGGCACCCCAAAUAUAACCCUGUCAGAUAGCUAGAAUUACAGCACGGCAUAUGGAAAUAUUUUGAUUCCCUUAGGUGCUUGCUGUAGACCCGAACCAAAAUUGUGCAUUAACCUUAAAGGCCAUAUUUUUCAAAGGAGUGCCUAUCAAGCGCAACAAGAGGGAAAACCCAAGACUUCCUGGACUAUGAAAGUCCGACCCGACACUGUCUCCUCUGGAAUUUAUGAACAGAGGUGAAGAAACUAAAGCACUGACCCUCGUCCUUCAUCGUGACUCUGGAUCUCUUGGAUUUAAUAUUAUUGGUGGCCGACCGUGUAUGGACAAUCAAGACGGCUCCUCCAGCGAAGGAAUUUUUGUAUCAAAAAUAGUCGACAGUGGGCCCGCUGCUAAAGAAGGAGGGCUGCAAAUUCACGACAGGAUUAUUGAGGUGAACGGAAAGGAUUUAUCCAAAGCAACGCACGAGCAGGCAGUGGAAGCCUUCAAAACGGCGAAGGAGCCCAUCGUGGUACAGGUCCUGAGGAGAACGCCACGCACCAAGAUCUUCAGCUCUUCUCAUGAGUCUCAGCUGGUCAACAUGGGCACUCAGACUGAUAUCACCUUUGAACACAUCAUGGCUCUCACCAAGAUGGGAUCCCCUACUCCACCAGUCUCGGUGUUAGAUCCAUACCUCUUACCAGAAGACCAUUCAUCAGUGCAUGAAUUCUACGACCCGAAUGACUACAUGGGAGGUAUUCAUCAAGAAAUGGACAGAGAGGAGUUGGAAUUAGAGGAGGUGGACUUGCAUCGAGUGAACAGCCAGGACAAGCUCGGCCUUACUGUCUGUUAUAGGACCGAUGACGAAGAUGACAUUGGUAUUUAUGUAAGCGAGAUCGAUCCCAACAGCAUUGCUGCAAAAGAUGGUCGUCUACGAGAGGGAGAUCGCAUUAUUCAAAUUAAUGGCAUAGAAGUACAGAACCGAGAGGAAGCUGUGGCACUCCUCACCAGUGAAGAAAGCAAGAAUGUCUCCUUACUUGUAGCAAGGCCAGAAAUUCAGCUGGAUGAAGGCUGGAUGGAUGAUGACAGAAAUGAUUUUCUGGAUGACUUGCACAUGGACAUGCUAGAGGAACAGCACCACCAAGCAAUGCAAUUUACUGCCAGCAUACUUCAGCAGAAGAAGCACGACGAAGAUGGAGGUACCACGGACACCGCAACAAUUUUAUCCAACCAGCACGAGAAGGACAGCGGUGUGGGACGUACGGAUGACAGCACUCGCAAUGAUGAGAGCUCAGAGCAAGAGAACAACGCCGACGAUCACAUGACUUCCUCUAACACUUUAGGGAGCCAGAAGAAGCUGCCGUACAGUCACGACACACUUGGAAGUGGCGAUAUGCCAUUCAGCAACGAAUCGUUUAUCUCGGCUGAUUGCACAGAUGCCGAUUUCCUUGGCAUCCCGGUAGACGAGUGCGAGAGGUUCCGGGAACUACUGGAACUCAAGUGUCAAGUCAAGUCUGGCAACCCCUACAGCCUCUAUUAUCACAACAGUGCUCUGGAUAUGAGCAAAAGCGACCAAGAGAGCGUCGACAGAGAGCUGGAGAUGCUGAACGAGGAGCUGCGGAACAUCGAGUUGGAGUGUCUGAACAUCGUGAGAGCUCAUAAAAUGCAACAGCUGAAAGAGCAAUACCGAGAGCCCUGGAUGCUCCAUAACAGCGGGUUCCGCAACUACAACACGAGCAUCGACCUGCGCAGACACGAGCUCUCCGACAUUACAGAGCUCCCGGAGAAAUCCGACAAGGAUAGCUCAAGUGCGUAUAACACAGGGGAAAGCUGCCGAAGUACACCGCUCACGCUAGAGAUUUCUCCUGACAAUUCACUGCGCAGAAUUGCAGAAGGAACCAAUUGCCAAAGCAGCGAGGGGGCAACUGCAUACAAUGCCGCCCAGAAGAAUUUGCUACCUAGCUCAGAAAGUCACGAAUCCAGCGCUGCUAAGUAUCACUCGUCUCCUAAAGAUCCUGACCUUGACAAGCAGCUGGAAAGCAAGGACAGAAAAAACAGCGAUGGAAGCAAAAGCCCAACUCACUCUCAAAAACCAGGUGGCUCCUACAUCUCCCCGUAUCAUCACUCUCCGUACAAGCAUGCUCAUAUCCCUGCCCAUGCACAGCACUAUCAGAGCUACAUGCAGCUGAUUCAACAGAAAUCAGCUGUGGAAUAUGCACAGAGCCAAAUGAGCCUGGUCAGCAUGUGCAAAGACUUGAAUUCGUCAAGCCAGAGCGAGCCCAGGAUGGAAUGGAAAGUCAAGGUCAGGAGCGAUGGGACCCGCUACAUUACGAAGAGGCCGGUCAGGGACAGACUGCUGAGAGAGCGUGCCAUCAAGAUUAAGGAAGAGCGCAGCGGUAUGACUACGGAUGACGAUGCGAUAAGUGAAAUGAAGAUGGGCCGUUACUGGAGCAAGGAGGAACGGAAGCAGCAUUUGGUGAAAGCGAAGGAGCAGAGGCGAAGGCGAGAGUUCAUGAUGCAGAGCAGGUUGGAUUGUUUAAAGGAACAGCAAGGUGCAGAAGAGAAGAAGGAAAUGAAUAUCAUUGAACUGAGCCACAAAAAAAUGAUGAAGAAAAGAAAUAAAAAGAUAUUUGACAACUGGAUGACAAUCCAAGAACUGUUAACCCAUGGCACAAAGUCACCCGACGGCACAAGAGUGUACAAUUCCUUCCUGUCAGUGACUACUGUAUAAUCUCCAUUGCUGAAUUAUGUACAUAAAACACUACCAUUGGGGUAGAAUUCACUGCCUCGUUCAAUGUGGCAAGUUUUUUGUAUAUAAGAUACAGUCAUCCACUUUAUAGUUCAAGUACUGAACUCUACAACUCUGGGCGCUGACACUCUGUUGGAGAGCGGAGAGAAAGCUCACCCGUCUUCUUCAAAGGCAAUAUUAACAGACCCUUUUGGAAUACUGAUUGUACUUUUUAUUUUAUUUUUUCUUGUUACCAUUUACAUGAAGUGUUUUAAUAUCAGCAAAUGUAUUACCCAUACUUACACAGGUAAUUUGCUUUUAACCUAUAUUCAUAUUAAAAAGUUACACAUGCUUUUCUUUGCCUAAACACAAAAGCAACUGCAAAUAUGUAAUUUUUUUUUUUUUUUGUGAAACCAUAUGUUGUGAUAUGACUUUGCUGUUGUGUCCUUUGGCGCACAGUGCUGUUUAUCAAUAUUUAGCUCAAGGUUUAAGCUCAAAACUAUUGAAUUCCUGAUAGAGUCAGUCUCCUGUAAUAUUUAACAUUUAUCAAAACAGCAGUCUUUUAGAGUUAGGAUCAGCAUUUAAACAUUUUUCUUUGUGAGGUUUCUAAAGGAAGUAUAUUGGUUUCAUCUGAAAGGCCUGAAGCAAAGUACAGUAUACCGCAGCUUUAAAGGAUUUUAAAGCAUGUUUGCAAAUGUUGCAACCUGUUGAAAGAAUGUGCAUGUACAGCCGAUUUGUUUAUAUAAGACAGUUUGUGUAAUUUGAAAAGCCCAUGGUAGUACCUGUUUGCUUUGUAGAUUUGAAUGUACUGAAUUAUAAAAUCAUGAUUAGUUACACAAAAUCAUGAUUAGUUACAAACAUUAACAAGUAAAUUGAAGUAAAAUAAAUUAUUGUUUUAU